CCUAGCCAGAUCUAGUGCGCCACUGGCGAAAACCGCCAUUCCCUGGCAUUUUCAAAUUAAUUUUGUUAAUUAGUUUGCCCUGGAAAAUUUUGAUUAACUGAAUACCGUAUGGUAGGGAGACGUUGAUUUGAGAGUUAACCUAAAAAGAGAAGAAAUUAUAAACAAACCUAACCUCAACUAAAAUAAAUGUUAAAAAUGUAUCUGGUUUAGUUCGUUAUUUCAUCUGUUCUUUGUUUAAAAAUAGCGAUUAUGGGUAAUUAUAUUUCAUCUUUAUUGCCCAAUAAUGCAGAGAAUGAUUUAUCUUUGGAAGAGGCCUACAACAUAUUACAAACGAAUGAAGAAGGGAAACAAAAAGAUGUUGAAAACAAACCCAGUUGUGAUACCAUACAAAACAAAGUUUCUGCAAAGACUGGUGUAGUUACUGAGAUAAGAAAAGACAGUUUUGUUAUAGAUGAUAUAUAUGUAUGUUCUAACAAGAAUUCAAAUCUUGAAAUAGGCACAAAAGUAAAGUUUAACUGUUUUACUUAUGAUAAUAUUACCAAAGCAACUAAUGUAGAAAUUUUUAAUGAAUGGGCAGCAGAAGAGUUAGAUUCAUUAUGGUAUGAUCGGAUAAUAAUAUGCCAAAUCGAACAAAGAGUUGGUCGUCAACUUCAUCUAACGGGUUCUGAGAUUAUUCUUGAUUUAGACAAAGUUCAGUUAGAAUUCCUACCAGUUGUAGGUGAUUGGCUUGAACUAGACGUAAAAUGUAAAGCUAAUGAAAAAGCAUUUGAUUUAGCUGGUGAGGUAUUAGAAAUUAAUAAGAUAUCACCUGUUAGACUACACCUUCUCUCAGGAAAAAUAUCUAUGUGGAACAAGACUAAAGAGACAGGAACCAUAGAUAAUAAAAUAUUUUUUAAUCAGUUAUCAUUGUCCUUAGGUUACUUACCAGCAAUAGGCGAUAUAGUUGUGGCUCAGGUUAUCGAAAGUGCUCAAAUGGGGCAUUCUUGGAGAGCCAUAAAAGUUCUUCCUGAUAGUGUUACACAAAAAAAAGAACAUGUGUCCAGUAUAUCACCUGAUAUUUCACAAUAUACAGAACACUAUCCAGGAUUAGAAAUACAAGAUGUGAUCCUCUAUUCUGAUAAAUUGGGAGAGACUCAAAAAUUUAACAUAAGUAUAACUAACAAUGGUGAGAAUGAUUUGACAUUAUUUAGUGCUAAAUUUUUAGGAGAACAUUCACAAUGUGGUAUAACAGAUAAUGUAGAAAACGUUACUUUACAUCCUGGCAAUAUGCAUAAUAUUUUAUGUGAAUGUAGUUCAAAAAGUAUUGGAGAAGCCAAAGAAUCUAUUAUUUUAAAUUUCGGUGGUUUUGUUCUAUGCAAAAGUAUAAAUAUUUUAGUUUCAAUACAAGACAACAAUCAAAGAACAAAAUAUACGAAACAAACUAGGGGUAUAAAACCAUUUAUAAAACCUCAGGGUCAAGUUAUUAGAGGACACGGUAAAGGUGUACGUUUUGCAAUUGCAAGUCUACCUCAUUAUACUGUACCCCAAAAAUUACUUGAUGUCGUAACAUCAAAUUUUUCUGAUAAUAUUGAUAAACAGAUUCAGGAGAUACAGUCUAUUAAACCAUCUCUUACAUCUAAUUUAACACCUACAAAUUAUGAAGAUAAGUUCCACACUCUUCUUUAUUUAGAUGAAAUUUCCAUGUUAAUUUCUAUAAGAAAGUAUGAUCAGGAAAACGCUUGUUUUAUAAAGAACGGAGAGUACCUUAUGCUUGAAAUUGAUAAUCUAUCAGAACAAAGACCUUCUCUUGCAAUAGGAGACAAAAUUAGAGCUACAGAUCCAAGUAAUAGUAAAGGUGUUGUUUUUGAGGGAAAUAUACAUAAAAUUAGUGCUAGCCAUGUAUUCCUCAAAUUCAGCCCUUUAUUCCAUGAUAAGUAUAAUGGAGAAGACUAUUCAAUUACUGCAGAACCUAGUAGAGCUCUGUUUAAGAAAUUACAUCAUGCUGCUUGCCUAGCAAUAAGAAAUCUAGGACCAGAGCUGCUAUUCCCAAAUAAAAUUAUAGAAAAAGAUCGUCAAAUAGAUUUUAUUGAAAAAGAUGAGUCAUUAUCCCCCAAUGGUAAAAAACCAAACAGAAUGACUUUUAUCUUAUCCAAAAUGAAAGAAUACAAAGAGAAUGAUAGUUUGAACAUUUCUGACAAUGAAAACAUAAGAGAAGGAGUUACUUUGGAAUGGUUUAAUAAGAAUUUAAAUGACACCCAGAAAAAUGCUGUAAUGCAGGUUCUUUGGGGUACUGCUAGACCUCUUCCAUAUAUUAUUUUUGGACCUCCAGGUACUGGAAAAACAAUUACUCUUGUUGAAACAAUUUUACAGUUAACACGAUUAAUUCCUUCAUCUAGAUUAUUAGUAACUGCACCAUCCAAUAGUGCAGCAAAUUUAAUAGCUCUGAGACUUAUUGAUUCAGGAGUACUUUUACCAGGAGAUCUUGUUAGAUUAAUUUCAUAUAAUUAUGCUUUAAAAGAAACUAUUCCUGAUAAGUUAUUACCCUAUUGUGCCACUGCAGGCUUGGCUAGAGAAGAUACUGUUGUUUCAGAAGUAAAUAACCCAAAUGGAAUACAAUUUGGUAGCAAUAUGUCUACUUUAGGCCGAAGUAGAAUAACUGUUGCAACCUGUAGUUGUGCAGGAACGUUUUUCCAGUUGAGCAUUCCCAGAGGUCAUUUUACUCAUAUAGUUGUUGACGAAGCAGCACAAGCUGGAGAACCUCAUGUUAUGAUUCCUUUAUCUUUUGUAAAUAAAAAUUCUGGCCAAAUUAUAUUAGCAGGUGAUCCUAUGCAGCUAGGGCCUGUUAUAUUAUCUAAAGUUGCUACCGAAUGUGGACUAGCAGAGUCUUAUUUGGAACGAAUUAUGAGCAGAUUUCCAUAUUGUCGUGAUCCAGAAGGAUUUCCAGAAACGUCUGGAUUUGAUCCAAGAUUUGUAACGAAAUUAUUAUAUAAUUACAGAGCCCUUCCGGACAUUCUUACUUUGUACAGUACACUCUUUUAUCAUAAUGAGUUGAUACCGACUAUUGACGAUGAAACUAGCAAUGAAGCAAAACUGCUAACUUCUCUUCAAGAUUUCUUACCAGUCAAACGUGAUAAGCUAACCCGAAUACUAUUUCAUGGAGUAAUUGGUGAAAACUAUCAAACAGCAGAUUCUCCAUCUUGGUAUAAUCCCCAGGAAGUAGCCCAAGUGUUUUAUUAUGUUAAUCAGUUUUACAGGCUUGGAGUAAAAUCUGGUGGUAUAGGUAUUGUCACCCCUUAUAUUAAACAGGCUAAAGAAUUACGAACAGUUUUCACGGAAGCAGAAUUUGAAGUACCAAAAAUCGGGACUAUAGAAGAAUUUCAAGGUCAAGAAUUCGACAUCGUCAUUAUAUCCACGGUACGUUCAUCUAAAGAUUUUAUCAAAUCGGAUCUUACUUACCACUUGGGCUUCGUUGCACACCCCAAAAGAUUGAACGUUGCGAUUUCGAGAGCCAAAUCACUUUUGCUCAUCGUAGGAAAUCCUAAGUUGUUGUGCACCGAUCCUUGUUGGCGAGCUGUUGUUAAAUAUUGUAUCGAAAAUGGUGUUUACAAAGGAUGUGAUUUUGAAUAAAUAUUAUUGUUUUGUAUUGCUUGUUAUAAGAAAUAAACUUUAUAUUUUUUUAUUUUAAAA